UUAUUGGAUUGAAAUUGGCCCUAAUUUCUCGACAACCAAUCAAAUUAUGUGUUACAUCAGACGACACGGGAUUAUAUAACCUAUGAUUUGGCGCCCGAGAUGGCCCAAUAACAAGUCGCAGUUACGAGCAUUAGCUCCUUGAAGUACACAACCCCAGUGAAAAAGACGAAUUUUCCUGUGACCUCCAUAGAGAAAUCACAAAUUGAAUGAUUGUUGUCCAUUUUUGAAGACGAAAUGGCCCUAUUUUCCGGUAUUCAAAUCAGUUCGAAAUUGGUAUCAGUGGAAAGAACAGUAUUUGAAUAUGUGAUUUCCACCCGAGAUGGUGUGUAAUCAAAGUUUGUUUACCUCGUAGGAGCAUUUCUUUGCACACUUAGCGCAUUUUCAAAGACGAUUUCACGUGUUGUAGACCGCGGAGCGAGACCGCGUGAUCAGAUGCCCAAAAUUUGUUCUUAUGUUUGACCGUGCAGUGAGCUGAGCACAGUCACAAUUCCUCUUCAUGAAAUUUGCUGAGUGGUGGAAUCCGAAUCCAGACAACCACAUUCUAGAUAUGAGUAAUUUACCUGGACACUGGAUUUUAAUUAGUUUACAUCUGUGAUGUACUGCAUACAAGGACAGUAGCCUAAGCUAUAUCUGUGGAAGUUUGCCAUAAAUGGGAGGUAGAAACUAGCGCGAAAUGUUUCACAGAAGACCGACUGUGUAUACUUUGCUUCUUCUAUUUGCACUUGCGCUCGUCUUUCUAUUGGUCGCACUGCACAAUGAUAGAACAACAGACGAUCGUCAUGGGCCGAUAAUUCACAAUGAUGGAGUCUUGAAUAUUCAGCAGAAAGUUUUAAAGUUUGAACUGCGAUCAAAGAAAGGUCAAAGGCCCAGUGAUGACAAACCAAGCAAGACACUACAUGCAAGCAACGGCAGUGAAGACUCCUACCUCGCAUCAUCCAGCAACUUCUCGGACGAUGAGGUCAAAGAGCGACCUAGCGACCUCACCGGGGACAACGCAGGAGAGGUCAGGGUAUCCUCGGAUGACGACGACCCACAGGAGUCCGAGGACGAUGUCGACGAUGACGAGGAGGGGGGCCCAGUUGAUGCCGCCCCGAAUCAUUUAAGAGUGCUCAAUGCACAAGCCAGAACAAAGGAGCUGCAGGCAGAUGAAAAGCAAAUUGAGGAAGAGAAGGCAGGACAACUUAAAACAGAAAUGGGACCAAAGAGACGUUUCUUGCAUGAAUGGGAUGAAUAUGAUAAAACAGCAUGGAAGACGUUGCCGCUGGUAACCGGUCUGAAUGAGCCAGAGACGCAGACAGGAGCUGCAAUUUUUUACAACAGAGUGGGGAAGUGCGGCAGCCGAUCUGUCAUUGCAGUUCUGAGACUAUUGGCUCUGAAGAACCAGUUUCACUUGGUGUCUUCCUUAACGUACAAUGCAACAAGACUAGUUCCAGAGUAUGAGAAAAUGAUGGUAACAGUUUUAAGCCAAAUACAAAAACCUUACCUUUUUCAGAGGCAUGUCUACUUCAUAGAUUUCCGCAGAUACGGUGUAAAGCAACCAAAAUAUAUCAACAUAAUCCGGGACCCCUUAUCGCGGAUGGUAUCGCACUACUAUUUCCAGCGCUUUGGAGAUGGUAAGAGUUCUAGGAACUAUUCAGGAAAAGACAAGUAUCAGACAUUUGAUUCGUGUGUCCUGAAUCAGAAGAAAGAGUGCUUUGGGGGAAGAACUUUUUACAUCAUUCCAUAUUUCUGUGGACAGGAUCCAAGAUGCAGGGAUCCUUCUACUUGGGCUUUGAAUGAAGCAAAGCAGAACGUGCAAGAUCACUAUGUGGCUGUAGGACUCCUGGAGGAACUUGAGGAUACCUUCAGGGUCUUUGAGAAGGUACUCCCAGAUGCCUUUGACGGUGUCUUGGACAUCUACAGAAAUAUAGUAUCAGGAGAGGUAGGUAAAAACCUCUCGGUCAUGGUCACCAAACACAAGGUUCAACCCUCCCCAGAGGUGGCCCGGAUCAUGAAAGACUACAUGAGAUUGGAAUAUAUCUUCUACGAAUUUAUCAAAACAAGAUUUCAUACACUAAAGAGGGAACUUGGUAUUUCGUAGUCCAUUUGAUGUACAUCUAAGUCAUAUUUUCUUUUUUUCUUUUAUCAAAAUUGUAAGAUUUUAAAGAUUUGAAAGAGUAUAAUUGUCAAAACGAGAUUUCAUACGCCAAAGAGGGAACUUGGUAUUUUGUAGUUCAUUUUGAUGUACAUCUAGUUCAUAUUUUCCUUUUUUUUCUCUUAUCAAAAUUGUAAGAUUGUAAAGAUUAUAAUUGGAAUACAUCUUCUAAGAGUCUGUCAAAACAAGAUUUCAUACGCUAAAGAGGGAACUUGGUAUUUUGUAGUCCAGUUCAGGCCUCGAAUUACAUCAAAUUUGGGUCAAGGCCACUUUUUUGAGAGGGCACAAAUCCACUGAAAGGGGCACAAAUCUAUCCUAAGGGGCACUAAGGCCAACGUGGAAAGUGCGCGUAAAAUUACCUCACGCCGUUGUUUUCAAGGUGGGGGGGGGGGGGGAUAUG